AUGGAAUCUCGGCGGAUCCAGCCUCUUUUCACCACCAAUCAUCGCUCCGCUCGCCCACGCCCUCGCGCGUUCCACAUUUCACCCUCCCCAUCCUCUCUCCACUCUCCGCUCUCCACUCUCCACCAACUUCAGCUUCGAUCUCGACCUCUUGCUCUUCGAUCCCGCCUCUUGUCCGACUCCAAAGUCUUGUCCGCACCGUCCGAAGAAGCCUUGACUGCACAGCCAAAGCAGAAUCUAUUGCGGCGACCGGCCCGAAGACUUUCGCCGUUCGGCAUCCGCAUUUGCAUCAGCCGCCUCGUUGCGAAGAGUUGGCCUUUUCGCUCUCCAUCCGGCCUUUCUGCUGUGCACCGUGCCACUCCCGGACCGCCCCAACUCUGCAUCGGUCUGGUGGUUGUGCGCAGCUUAGCUUUCGACGUUAACCUUGUUUCGCGUGCGCGUGCGCAUCGUCUGCACCCGGGCCCGUCGGCUUCUCCGUCGCACCGCGCACGUCCGUCCGCAACGCUCGCCGCCUCCGACAGCGACUCGACAGACCCAGCCCGCCUCCGUCGGCUUGCCUUGACCGGUGUGCGCGGCGACGUGACCAUUUAUCUCUCGCAACGCACAUCCUUGCUCAGGCCUCUCACACACUCGUCCUCGCCCUCGCCCUCGUCCUCGCCCUCGUCCUCGCCCUCGUCCUCGUCCUUCAACCUUGCGUCCGUGGACCAGUGCUGCCCCUGUCAUCCGGUCAAUCCGAGCCUUGAACCGCUCAGCAAGCGUUCGAGUGCUGGAAUGCAAUCGGCCCCGUGCGACGCCGUCACCUCUUCCCUUCUCUCGUUCUUCACAUCCGCUUCCGACCGCACUCUCUCUCCGAAUGCGACACGCGUAGCAGCCUCCGAUCAGUCGCAGAAGCACCGCUCGGUCCACCCUCACGCGCCUCGCUGGUGA